AGCCUUGGCGCUAUGGAGGAGCCUAGGGCUACCCCUCAGCUGUACUUGGGGCUGGUCCUGCAGUUGCUACCCAGGGUUAUGGCAGCACUGCCUGAAGGUGUGAGACCAAAUUCGAAUCCUUAUGGAUUUCCAUGGGAAUUGGUGAUAUGUGCAGCUGUCGUUGGAUUUGUUGCUGUUCCCUUUUUCUUGUGGAGAAGUUUUAGAUCGGUUAGGAGUCGGCUUUAUGUGGGAAGAGAGAAAACGCUUGCUGUAGCGCUUUCUGGACAAAUUGAAGAAAAAUUUACACUACUUGAAAAAUUUAGCCUUCUUCAAAAAGAGUAUGAAGGCUAUGAAGUAGAGUCAUCUUUAGACGCUGCCAGCUUUGAGAAGGAGGCAACAGAAACACAAAGUUUGGAGGCAACCUGUGAAAAGCUGAACAGGUCCAAUUCUGAACCUGAGCAUGAAAUACUCUGUCUAGCAAAGGAGUUAAAAGAGGAGAAAUCUAAACAUUCUGAACAAGAUGAGGUGAUGGCGGAUAUUUCCAAAAGGAUACAGUCUCUAGAAGAUGAGUCAAAAUCCCUCAAAUCACUAUUAGCUGAAACCAAAAUGACCUUCAAGAUAUUUCAAAUGAAUGAAGAGAAACUGAAGAUAGCAAUACAAGAUGCUUUGAGUGAAAAUUCUCAACUUCAGGAAAGCCAGAAACAGCUUUUGCAAGAAGCUGAAGUAUGGAAAGAACAAAUGAGUGAACUUAAUAAACAGAAAAUAACAUUUGAAGACUCCAAAGUACACGCAGAACGACUUCUAAAUGAUAAAGAAAAUCACAUCGAGACUGUGACUGAACGCUUGCUAAAGAUCAAAGAUCGGGCUGCUAUGCUGGAAGAAGACCUAAUGGAUGAUGGUAACUUGGAAUUAGAAAUGAACAGUGAGUCGGAAGAUGGUGCUUACUUAGAUAAUCCUCCAAAAGGAGCUUUGAAGAAACUGAUUCAUGCUGCUAAGUUAAAUGCUUCUUUAACAACCUUAGAAGGAGAAAGAAACCAAAUGUAUAUUCAGUUAUCUGAAGUUGAUAAAACCAAGGAAGAGCUUAGAAAGCAUAUUAAAAAUCUUCAGACGGAACAAGCAUCUUUGCAGUCGGAAAACACACAUUUUGAAAGUGAGAAUCAGAAGCUUCAACAGAAACUUAAGGUAAUGACAGAAUUAUAUCAAGAAAAUGAAAUGAAACUCUGCAGGAAAUUAAUAGUGGAGGAAAAUAACCGGCUAAAGAAAGAGAAACUUUCUGAAGUAGAUGAAAUGAUCAGCCAUGCCGCUGAAGAGCUGGAGACCUGCAGAAAGCGAGCCAAAGAUAUUGAAGAAGAAUUUGAGAGAACUAUUCAUUUUUAUCAGGGGAAGAUUAUAUACUGUGAGAAAAAAGCACACGAUAAUUGGCUGGCAGCUUGGACUGCUGAAAGAAACCUCAAUGAUUUAAGGAAAGAAAAUGCUCACAACAGACAAAGAUUAGCUGAAACAGAGUUUAAAAUUAAACUUUUAGAAAAAGAUCCUUAUGCACUUGAUGUUCCAAAUACAGCAUUUGGCAGAGAGCAUUCCUCAUAUGGUCCCUCACCAUUGGGUCGGCCUUCAUCUGAAACGAGAGCUUUUCUCUAUCCUCCAACUUUGUUGGAGGGUCCACUCAGACUCUCACCUUUGCUUCCAGAGGGAGGAGGAAGAGGCCCAAGAGGCCCAGGGAAUCCUCUGGACCACCAGAUUACCAAGGAAAGAGGAGAAUCAAGCUGUGAUAGGUUAACCGAUCCUCACAGGGCUCCUUGUGACACUGGGUUCCUGCCACCUCCGUGGGAACAGGACCGUAGGAUGAUGUUUCCUCCACCAGGACAAUCGUAUCCUGAUUCAGCUCUUCCUCCGCAAAGGCAAGACAGAUUUUAUUCUAAUUGUGCUAGACGCUCUGGACCAGCAGAACUCAGAAGUUUUAAUAUGCCUUCUUUGGAUAAAAUGGAUGGGUCAAUGCCUUCAGAAAUGGAAUCCAGUAGAAAUGAUACCAAAGAUAAUCUUGGUAAUUUAAAUGUGCCUGAUCCAUCUCUCCCCGCUGGAAAUGAAGCGACUGGCCCUGGCUUUGUUCCUCCACCUCUUGCUCCAAUCAGAGGUCCGUUGUUUCCAGUGGAUAUGAGGGGCCCGUUCAUGAGGAGAGGACCUCCUUUCCCUCCGCCUCCUCCAGGAACCAUGUUUGGAGCUUCUCCAGGUUAUUUUCCACCAAGGGAUGUCCCAGGUCCACCACGUGCUCCAUUUGCAAUGAGAAAUGUCUGUCCACCGAGGGGUUUUCCUCCUUACCUUCCCCCAAGACCUGGAUUUUUCCCCCCACCUGCACAUUCUGAAGAUAGUGAGUUCCCUUCAGGGUUGAGUCUGCCUUCAAAUGAGCCUGCUGCUGAAGAUCCAGAACCACAGCAAGAAACCUGA